AAACAUGCCAUAUAGCACAGCCUACUCAUUGCUAAACAGACGUGUUCUGUUUCCAUGCAUUUGUUGCUGCGUUUGGGAGAGCUAGCCUAGGACUUAUAAUGAAAUUGGCGCAUUCGUAAGAACAAGUCUGACUAGAACUAUUCGGCAACUAACGAACUGUUUAUUUAGCCGUAGGGCGUUUUGUUUGGAUGAGAAUAUCUGAAGAUAAUUGGUUAUGAUUUAUAAAUGAAUUAAUUCUGGAUAUGGCUGUGGUGUAUGUCAGCCUGUCUACUUAGUGUUGCGUGGACCUUAUUUCUGCAGGUAACAAGUAAUACAGGAUGUCCGAAGAUGGAUAAUACGAUACGCUUUUAAUUAAGAGUACUUUCCAUCUUAAGGGGGGGAAAAUCGUCGAAACCAAAAAUCACAUUGCGAUCUUGGCUCCGGCACGUUUUGGGCUUAAUCCCCGUAGCCCCAAGAAAUGACUCCAUGAAAGAUGACGGAGGAGGUCAUCGUCAUCGCCAAGUGGGACUACGCUGCCCAGCAGGACCAGGAACUUGACAUCCGGAAAAACGAGCGCCUCUGGCUGCUGGACGACUCCAAGACGUGGUGGAGGGUGCGGAACGCCUCCAACAAGACGGGCUACGUCCCUUCCAACUACGUGGAGCGCAAGAACAGCCUGAAGAAGGCCUCUCUGGUGAAGAACAUAAAGGACACACUGGGUCUGGGGAAGCCGAAGUGGAGGGCCAGCGUUCGGGACUCCUCCCCCACGCCCAGCACGGAGGCGGAGUACCCGGCCAACGGGAGCGGCGGGGCGGAGCGCAUCUACGACCUCAGCGCGCCGGCGCUGGUCAAGUUCGGCUACGCGGCGGAGCGGGAGGACGAGCUGUCGCUGGUCAAGGGCACGCGGGUGGUCGUCAUGGAGAAGUGCAGCGACGGCUGGUGGCGGGGCAGCUACGGGGGCCGCGUGGGCUGGUUCCCCUCCAACUACGUCCUGGAGGAGGGCCAGGAGGCGUCGGGGGACCCGUACGGGUACCCGCCCGCGAGGCUGGGCGGGGGGGCGGCGCUGGCCAACGGGCAGGGCGGCGGGCGGGCGCCCCAGCUGGUGCAGACCCUGUACCCCUUCAGCUCGGUGACGGAGGAGGAGCUCAACUUCGAGAAGGGCGAGACCAUGGAGGUGCUGGAGAAGCCGGAGAACGACCCCGAGUGGUGGAGGUGCAGAAACGGGCGGGGCCAGGUGGGCCUGGUGCCCAGGAACUACGUGGUGGUGCUGAGCGGCGACGGGGGGGCGGGCCCCGGGCCCCGCUCGCCUCAGGCCGGCCUCCUCUCGGGCCCCGCCCGCACCGGCAGGUUCGCCGGCAAGGAUUGGUACUACGGCAACGUGACGCGCCACCAGGCGGAGUGCGCCCUGAACGAGCGGGGGCGCGAGGGGGACUUCCUGGUGCGGGACAGCGAGUCCUCGCCCAGUGAUUUCUCGGUGUCUCUGAAGGCCCCAGGUAAGAAUAAGCACUUUAAGGUUCAGCUGGCUGACGGGGUCUACUGCAUCGGCCAGCGCCGCUUCACCUCCAUGGACCAGCUGGUGGAGCACUACAAGAAGGCGCCCAUCUUCACCAGCGAGCACGGCGAGAAGCUCUACCUCGUCCGGCCGCUGCUGUGACCCCCCCCGCCCCCGGACCCCGCCCGGCC